AAAUCAUAUUAAAGUAUGAAGUUCCCUUAUAGCUUGUGUGUGACUUUACUGAUUGCGGCAGCGACCGAAGGUUUGAUUUGCUUGACGUGCUACAACGCAAGAAAUCUCAGGCAAUGCCGAGCACAAGGUUCUGUGAGAUUGUGCCAACGAAACCAGAAAUCCUGCCAGACCCAAAUUCGCACCGAUCCACAUGGAAUUCUAAUAACCAAAGAAUGCAAACAAGCAAGAGCGUGCGCUAAUAACUAUGCUCAGAAUCCACGUUCAGCUUGGAAUCCCACUCAAUGCAGCAGACACCAGGGAUCAGUAUGCACUUGCUGCUGUGGAACGGACAGAUGCAACUUCAAUUCAUUAUUUUGUCCGAUUCGCCCAUCGACAACAACACUUAGACCUACAUCUAGGCCAACUACAAGGUCUACAACCACAACUACAACAACUACUACGACAGUUUCCCCACCCCCGCCUCCCCAAACAACAGCCCCACAACCCCCGCCGCCCCAAACGACAGCCCCACAACCCCCGCCGCUCCAAACAUACAGCCCCACAACCCCCGCCGCUCCAAACAACAGCCCCAUUACCCCCGCCUCCCCAAACAACAGCCCCACAACCCCCGCCGCUCCAAACAACA